UCCAAUAAUAACAUCAUUACUGGAAUCAAAGCUUGAACAAGUGCUCUCCUUGCCACUGAUUCAAUCCAUCUGAAAACAGAGAAUAGAUAUUAUGUUCAUGGGUAUACCAUUUAACAAUUUAAGUUUUCAGAUGAGUUGAUAAUCGAUAAUUUAACUGUUGUUGCAUUGCGGAGAAUUUUAAGAGGAAUUGCAAGUGCAAAUCUUCCUACUAUUGCCUCCAUAUUAAGUACAUAAUGGGGACAUGAGCAUCCCAAACACACUUCAAUAACUGCCAUGGUGGAUCUUGAUCAGAAGUACAGUACUGCACCACCCACCACUACUCACAUGUCUACCAAGAAGAAAGAAUUUCUUUCCACUGCCAUGGAGAGGACUAGUGAAUGGAUUUUCUCCCAAGAGUUUCCUAGUGAUGUCACUGUUCAUGCUGGUGGAGCUUCCUUUACAUUGCACAAGUUUCCAUUAGUCUCGAAAUGUGGAUACAUAAGGAAAUUGGUGUCAGAAUCAAGCGAUGCUGAUCUCUCUGAGAUUGAACUCCCUGACAUCCCUGGAGGGGCAGAAGCAUUCGAGCUCGCUGCAAAAUUCUGUUACGGAAUUAAUUUUGAAAUAGGCACAGAAAACAUUGCCAUGCUCCGAUGCGUGGCUGAAUAUUUAGAGAUGUCAGAAGAUUAUGCAGCUGGAAACCUGGUGGGAAGAACUGAGGCCUACUUGAACGAAGAGGCACUCAAAACCCUCGCAGGGGCAGUUUCAAUUUUGCAUAUGUCAGACAAUCUUCUUCCCAUUGCAGAGACAGUGAAAUUGGUGAGCAGGUGCAUAGACACAAUUGCAUAUAUUGCUUGCAAAGAUAACCAGUUUUAUAUGUCAAGCAGGACAGACAGUGGCUUUGAGGGUGUUAAUUCUUCUUCUUCAGGGUCUCAAUUGAAACCUGUUGCGGAUUGGUGGGCUGAGGAUUUAACUGCUCUCAGAAUUGAUGUAUUCCAAAGGGUUCUGAUUGCAAUGUUGGCUAGAGGGUUUAAACAGUUUGCAUUGGGACCAAUUCUUAUGCUCUAUGCACAAAAAUCUCUUCGAGGUUUGGAAAUAUAUGGGAAUGGGAGGAAGAAGAUUGAGCCGAGACAAGAACACGAGAAGAGGGUAGUUUUGGAAACAGUAGUUAGUCUUCUGCCAAGGGAGAAGAACACCAUGUCAGUCAGCUUCCUCUCAAUGCUGCUUCGGGCAGCAAUAUAUCUGGAGACAACGGUUGCCUGCAGGCUUGACUUGGAAAAGAGAAUGGGGCUGCAACUCGGACAGGCUGUUCUGGAUGAUCUUUUGAUCCCUUCCUUUUCCUUUACAGGAGAUACAUUGCUCGAUGUGGAUGCGGUGCAGAGGAUCAUGAUGAAUUAUUUGGAAUAUGAAUCGGAGGGUAAUCGUUUGGGCUACGGUGGUGGUGAUGAUGAUUUUGUCUCUCCUCCACCGAGUGACAUGGACAGGGUUGGGAGGCUCAUGGAAAGCUACAUUGCUGAAAUAGCAUCGGAUCAGAACUUGUCGGUGUCCAGGUUCAUCAGUCUUGCUGAACUCAUACCAGAACAAUCAAGGGUGACAGAGGAUGGGAUGUAUAGGGCCAUAGAUAUUUACUUGAAGGCCCAUCCUGCUUUGAGUGACUUGGAAAGGAAGAAAGUAUGCAGUGUGUUGGACUGCCAGAGGCUCUCCCGAGAGGCCUGUGCUCACGCUGCUCACAACGAUCGCCUCCCGGUCCAAACAGUAGUCCAAGUUCUCUACUACGAGCAACAACGCCUCCGCGAGGUCAUGGACGGAAGCCUCACAGGCUCUGAAUCCCCUGCUCUGCCCCCCAAAAUGAACCUGUGCACCACCAAUAUCCACCCGGUCUCCGACGAGCUCUCCAGCUUGAAGAGAGAAAAUCAGGACCUCAAAUUUGAGUUACUCAAAAUGAAGAUGAAAUUGAAAGAGAUUGAAAAACCAGCAGACCAAUCAUCCUCGGGUUUAAAUAGUCCUGUGAGAAGACCUCUGUCAUCUUCUGAUAAGCCUCCUCUGCCUCGGAAAUCAUUCAUCAGCUCUGUGUCCAAAAGACUUGGAAAAUUGUAUCCUUUUGUGCGCGGAGACGGAACUCCGAAAGGUCACAAUAAACCCAGCAGAGAUCGGCGCCAUUCCGUAUCUUGAAGACGCCGAUCUCUCUCUGAGCUCCAUUAGCACUCUUGAUGAGUAUGUCAAAUAUGUAAUUCGUGUCAUUUUGGUUCUUCUUAUUUUAAUUGUGUUAAUUUUAUCUCUAAUUUAUUUAAUUUGUGUUUAAAUGAUCCCAAUAGUAUUGAAAAUUUGGACAGGAAUGAUUUUGGGAUUAUUUAAAUACAAGUUGAAUAAAUUAACGAUGAAAUUAAUAUAAUUAAAAUAUUAAAAAUCAAAUUAAAAUAGGAAUGCAUCCGCCGACAAUGUAUUUUACCUUGUCUUUGUUGAAUUAUCAUGGCAAGGCUUGAGAGGAGUCUCCAUGUUUUGUCUUCUGUAUCUAAUUUUUCUUUUUGUGUGAUGUUACUGUAAAUAUUAUAUCAUCAUAAUUUUCUCAUUUAUUAGUACGAAAAUUCAAAUGUGGUGAUUAUAAAAAUAAGCCUUCUAUGUCA